CAAUUAGGACAGAGGAGCGAGCGUAGCGAGGGAGAGCGAGUCGAGGGAAGAAGCUGACUGAGCAUUUAGGAGAGAUACAGCGAGUUUGAGUUUCAAGGCAUGCAGUUUAGAGAAAUAGAACAACCACUCCACAAGCUCUACUGAUCGAAAAACAUAAGAGCAACGCAGGUGUUGAUUAAAACAAAUACAAUUUUAGUGGAUUAAUUGAGAAAUAGAAUGGGUUCCAAAAGAUACCAUUCGAAGACACCGGGAAAAUUGAACUACUCAUUAUUCUGCAUUGGGGUUUGUCUAAUAAUUCUGCUACCGUUGUGUGAUACAUUCAAUUUGGACGUGGAGAACCCUUCUGUCUACAGCGGACCUAAUGGGAGCUACUUUGGAUAUUCCGUGGAAUUUUACUUGACCAAUUCUUCAAGCGUCAGUGUAGUGAUUGGCGCUCCCAAGGCCAAUACCAGUCAGUUCAACAUCACAGAGGGCGGGUCUGUGUACUUCUGCCCAUGGAGUCUUGGCCAAUCUGAGUGCCACAACAUUGAAUUUGACAAUCAAGGGGACCGCAUAGUCACUGUCAGUGGCACAGACUACCAGGCUGAAGUCAAGUCCCACCAGUGGUUCGGCGCCACCAUCCGUUCCCACGGAGACACCAUUCUGGCCUGUGCCCCCCUCUACUCCUGGAGAACCAAAGCAGAAAAGCCCCAGUCAGAUACCACGGGAACCUGCUACCUCUCUGUCAAGAACUUCACCAAGUUUGUGGAAUAUGCUCCCUGUCGCACAGAAUUCAUUAACCAGGGUGGUCAGGGCUACUGUCAGGGGGGAUUCAGUGCUGAUUUCACGAAGGAUGGGAAAGUGGUGCUUGGAGGACCAGGCAGCUUCUUCUGGCAAGGUCAGGUGAUCUCAGCAGCCAAAGAGGAAAUAAUCAAGGCCUACUAUCCAGGGUACUUCAUGCAGUCUGUGGAGGGACAGACCCAGACCAGACAGGCUCAGAUCAAAUAUGACGACAGCUACCACGGUUACUCUGUUGCAGUUGGGGAAUUCAGUGGAGAUGACGUGGAAGAUGUUGUGGCUGGGGUCCCAAAAGGGGUCAUGCUCUAUGGUUUGGUGUCUGUUUUAAAUGGCACUGAUCUGAAGUCCAUGCUCAACUACACUGGCGAACAGAUGGGCUCCUAUUUUGGGUAUACUGUGUCCACAGCCGACAUCAAUAACGACGGCAUGUCUGACCUGUUGGUGGGAGCUCCCAUGUACAUGACCCGAGGGUCAGACGGCCGUCUGGAGGAGGUGGGACGUGUGUACCUCUAUCUGCAGCGUGGACCACUGGACCUGGAGCCAACUCUCAACCUGACCGGGACCCAGGUGUUUGGGAGGUUUGGCAGCACCAUCGCACCUCUGGGAGACCUCAACCUGGAUGGAUACAAUGACUUGGCCAUCAGCUGUCCUUUCGGUGGAGAGGACCAGCAGGGAUUGGUUCUCAUCUACAACGGAUUCGCCGGUGGGCUCAGGAACACACCCUCUCAGGUCAUAGCUGGCCAAUGGGCUUCAGGCACAGUGCCGGCCAGCUUUGGAUUCUCACUCCGAGGUGCUAAGGAUCAGGACAUGAAUGGCUACCCAGAUCUUAUUGUUGGUGCUUUCGGAGUUGACAAGGCGAUUUUGUACAGAUCCCGGCCCAUCGUCAACACCAGUGCCUCCCUGACCGUCUAUCCCACAAUGAUCAACCCCGAGGAGAAGAGUUGUUCAGUCAACAACGGCAACACCACCAUACCGGUCUCCUGUGUCAACCUGAGUUUCUGCCUCUCUGCCAAUGGGAAGUACCUACCAGACAACCUAGGCUUCCUGGUAGAGGUGCAGUUGGACCAUCUGAAACACAUGCAGAAGGGAGGGGUGAAGAGGGCUCUGUUUGUAGACUCCCAGCAGGCAAUGCUUCAGAGGAGUGUGAGAGUGCGGAGCGGAGAGCGCGUGUGUCACGAGACCAAGAUCUACCUGAGGGAUGACAAGGAGUUCAGAGAUAAGCUCUCCUCCAUCUACAUCUCCCUCAACUUCAGUCUGGAUCCUCAGGCAGCGUUUGACUCCCACGGCCUCAGACCCAUCCUUAACUACAAGACCACCGAGCUCAUCGAGCAGAAGGCCCAGAUUCUGCUGGACUGUGGAGAAGACAACAUCUGUGUUCCCGACUUAAAGCUGGCGGUGCACGGGGACAGGAAGGAAGUGUACCUAGGUGACGACAACUUGCUGACCUUGACUUUCAACGCGCGGAACGAGGGUGAAGGUGGGGCCUAUGAGGCUGAACUGUAUGUGGUGUUACCUCCUGAAGCAGACUACAGCGGUAUAGCUCGCAAUAACGAGAGCCUGACCCAGCUGACCUGUAGCUACGAGGCUGAGAACCAGACCCGCUACCUCAGCUGUGACCUGGGCAAUCCCAUGAAGUCUGGCACCAGCCUGUGGGCAGGCCUGCGUUUCACUGUGCCACGACUGAAGGACACACGCAAGACGGUUCAGUUUGAGCUGCAGAUCCGCAGUAAAAAUGAGAAUAAUUCCCACAGUGAGGUGGUGCCCUACAAACUGGAGGUGGUUGUCCAGGCCGAUGUUAUUUUACAGGGUGUCUCCCGGCCAGACAAGGUCUUCUUCCCUCCCCUCAACUGGAAGGUCUCAAAGACCCCCCAGGAGGAGCAGGACAUUGGGCCUGUAAUCCAACACGUCUAUGAACUGGUGAACAAAGGUCCCAGUGGGAUCAGCCACACAGUGCUGCAGCUCAGCUGUCCUCUCAGUGUUCAGGGCCAGGGUCUCCUCUACCCCCUGGAGAUGUCUACUGAGGGACCCCUCAACUGCACCACCAACCACUCCAUCAACUACCUGCAGCUCAAGCUCCAGCAGACUUCCACAGAGCAGCCGCCCCUACUUGUGCCUGGUCAGGAUCACCACAUCGAGAGGAGAGAAGUCCAGAGAGACCAGCUGGCAGAGCACACUAACCUGUCCUGCUCUAACGUGGAGUGCUGGACACUGCAGUGUGACGUGGGUCUUCUGGAGAAGGGGACCAGCGCCAUCCUCAAAUUGCGCUCCCGCAUCUGGGCUGAGACCUUCAUCGAGAGGGCAUACAAGGGCUACGUGCUGGAGUGCCUGGCAAGGUUCAGUGUGGUCAAGAUGCCCUAUGCCAUCUUGCCCAAGGAGGUACCGAGUGGAUCUAAAAAGGUGGUGACCCCAUUGGUGUGGAACAAACAAGACAGCCAAUACUCUGUGCCCUUGUGGAUCAUCAUUCUGGCCAUACUGGCUGGGCUUCUGCUGCUGGCACUGCUCAUCUACGUCCUGUACAAACUUGGCUUCUUCAAAAGGUCGCUACCCUACGGCACGGCUAUGGAGAAGGCCCAACUCAAGCCCCAGGCUGCGUCUGAGGCCUAAACACCACAUAGAGAGGAUUAAAACAAACUAUUUUGUUGUCACAGAACCAAAGAAACCUAGAAACCCACAUGAUUGCAAUGGAGAAAUGUGGUUAAUUUAAACAUCCAGAGAGGAUUAGACUGCAGUUGAAGAGGGAGGAGGCGGAGGAGGAGGAAAGACCACUGGAACUCCACUGUACUGCACUAGAGGAAGAAAUACCCAAAGAACUCCAAACCAAAUGAAUGUUUUUAAUUUAAUAUAUGUUUAUGUUUAUUGUCGUUGGGUUGGGGUUGAUCACCAAGCUGAACUUCAGUGUCACAGUCAGACAAACUGGCUUUAGACUUACUGAUCCUAUUUGAGUUGAAGUCCAAGACUAGUGACUACAGAAGAAGAGGAGUAGCUUAUGGAAGGCCUUGAUUCGAUCAAGGAAGAUGCUUGGUUUCUCCCUGCACAUAUUUUUAAACAGCUUUGUAUUCCCUUGUGGAUCCUUGUGAAAUAUAAUUGUUUUACUCUUUUUCAACUGCCCUCAUUUUGGUGCUAAAAAAGUGUGAUCACUGCUUUUAAAAGGUAUAUGAUGGUGUUGAGGGGGACUGAAUGCAUCUCCCUUCCUUUUUGUAGCCAUUAAAUCUGAUCUGAUACUUUCCCAACCGAAGUUAGAAACAUGCUUCCUGUUCAGGGCACCAGAGGAGCAUGUUCACCAGAGGAGCAUGUUCACCAGAGGAGCAUGUUCACCAGAGGAGCAUGUUCACCAGAGGAGCAUGUUCACCAGAGGAGCACAGACAGAGGAUGUCUGUCUCGUGUCUCCAUAAUCUACACCUGAGCUGUUUACCCAUCCACAUUUCUACCAAACAUGUUGUUACAGCCAAUCUUUUGUUUAAUGUAAGUUCAGUUUGGCUUCAGUAAUGUUCGGCACGUACAAACUCCUGUACUGCCAAAAUAGCUUCUUCAGCCACAGAGUGGUGGACAUACAGUGCUUGGUCCAGUUGUUUUGCACUCAAAAGAAGUCUACUGAUGUCUAACAAGAUGCCAAAAACAGACAGGAUACUGACGGACUGAUCUUCCUUUGGGUUUGACUUGACCAUUACUGAUCACUUUGUUGAUCCUGUAUGUUUGUGUUUGUUGUGACAGAUCAAAGCAUUGCCUCAAAGUUGACUGGGACUUGACUGGAUCCAUCCACCAUGGGCCUGUGAGAUAGAUCCCACUGAAAGCUGGAAACACUCUGGUGCCUUGUAAACAAGUUUGUCCAGACUUUGCUUGUGCUGCAAGAGGCAGUAUGGAAAUUGAUUUGAAGCAAAGAUCAUCCAGGUGUAUCCACAGCCUUGGUGUGUAAUGAUGUCUUGAAGUCAGUACAUUACUAUGUUGCCAACAGAGAUCAAGGAAGCUGUAGGACAUACAAUCUGGGUGGGUUGCUUGCAGGUAAGGGCUCACUCCGGUGAGUGUCAGGGAAACAGCCAAAUAUCCAGUCCCUACACAUUUCACCUUGAUCUUGUAGUGUGCUAGGAGCAUCUUUGCUCUGGUUUGUUUUAAUUUUAUUUUGAUGUCCUUAUGAUAACAAAACUGACUGAGUACCAGAAGCUCUCACACCACGAUGCUGCAGCUUCAUCCAUGGACUGAAUAUGUGGGGCUCUUUUAUUUGUCAUGUAAAUACGUUUUGUGUGUGUGUCAGACUACCUGUCUUCAUGUGUUGAUGUUCCUGUCUGUUUUUUUUUGUGUGAAUCAGAGAUCAAUUCCAAUGCUAAGUCCUCUCCUUUCUCUCUUGCAUCACGAGGGAAAGGUAGACUUGUCCAGCAGUAAUGCUGAUCAUCGCAUCACUUCAAUCUGUACUCAGGAUGGGUUGAGACUGCCUGAUUAGAGUUUAGGACAGCUAGGACCAGAGUAGCUAUUCAUUUAGGGCCCAAUUCAGUCUUGAGAUAAGACAUUUAAAAAUAAAAAUAAACUUAAGUCCAUGUUAAGUCAACUUAUCUCAGGUCUGAAUCAGGCCCUUAAUGCAAUAGAGAGACUGCAAUGAAAAUGCACAUGCAUACACAGUAAAAUCAGUUUGCCUCUUGUAAAGGGAUAGCAACUGGGCAUUGGGGGAGGGGAUGGUUUGUACGUGCAAUAUUAUUAUUCACUCUGGUUGAUAUUGGUUUUAGUUUUUGAAUUUUCUUUCAUUUUGUUUCCGGAGGGGUUGUGUUAAACCAGGUGUAUCUAACAUCUAAUGAUGGUUUUUAAAACAGACUCAAGUCUGCUCCCUAUGGUCGGAUGGGGGUAUUGUCAAAAACAAUUGGUCUGUUUCCCCCCCCCUAGAAUUUUCCACUGCACGUAUUCACCACUUUUACAUUUAGCUCCACUGCUAUAACUAGCCAAUGUUUAGUAUCACUAUUUCAGAUAUCAGUGGUAAAAAAUACAUUCAUCAAACCUGAGUUGAACUCGAGUGGGCAUGUGUGAUAAUGUAUGUUCAGUUCAAUUGUAUCACCUAUCCAAACGCAGCCAUAAUGCUACACAUCUGUUUUCACUAUUUGUUUUGAAUGCCCCCUAGCUCAUAUUGGUGAUUUAAUCCACAAGCUUUAUCAACACUCAUGAUGCAAAGACUGCUAACGCCACUCAGUGGAUUCAUUUAACAUGUAUCAUAUUAUUUUUUAACAGUAUUUGUAUGAUAUUGUUUUGAAAAGUAUAUGUCUGAUUGUAGUGUCCAGACUGAAAAUGUCAACCUAGUAUUAUUUAUAUUGAAAGAGGAUGUUUUAAACAGAAUCCUCUGUGGUUACAGUAGAAGACUACACUGGGUUUAUCCUUGUUUUCUCAAUGCUUUCUAGGCCCCCUUUUAAAAAUCUCCUUUUUACAAAGUUGUAAAUAUUUCUGACGAGAAUAUUUUUUAGAUCCAAUUGGAAAAAAAACAUUUGUGAAAUUUACACUCCCCAUAUUGGGGAGACUUUCUGGGAAGAUGAUUUAGUCUUUUAGUGAUCAUUUGUGUCUUAUUAUAUGGUUUGCAUUUCAAUUAAAAAAAUGACAUGCUUUGAUUGAAUACACAGUUCUGAAAAUAAUUUAUUUAAAAAAAAUAAACUUGCCCAUGGCAUGAAAUGUUUUACA